AUGGCACAGAUUACAAAAAAAUCCACGAAGAGCCAGAACAGCCCGAACCAAACCGAGCUAAUCGGCGUCGAAAAAACCAUGGAAAAGUGCUCUAAGGUGCCCCAAAAGGAGAUGAGAUUGUAUGAUUUUCAUCGACAUACACAUGCUUUUCAGCUACCGGUCACUUCUGACAGUCGACUUGUUAAAACAAAAUUAUAUCCACCUCGAUUUGGACGAUUUUUUCUAAAAAAAUUAAACUCUGAAGACGUCAAAAAAUAUAUCGCGAGCAUAGUCUAUUUAUUAAUAUUUGGU